CUGAUACAUUUUCUUCACCGGAGGACCUUACUCUUCAGUUUGCGGUAAGAAACCUCAACAAGCAGUCUAGAUGAACAAAAAUUCACGACAAGCAAGCCCUCCUGUGGACGUACCUGCUUCAGAACCCAACCCCUAUUACGAUGCGCCUCCGGUCAUUCCUAACAAUGAGUCAACGACCCCAGCAGCACGAACAAGAAACGCGUUCGUAGGUGCGCUUCAUGCAUUUGGUCAGGAUAAAAAUAGUCCAAUCUACAUUUCUAUCGUAGCUCCGAGCUUGGCCUAUUUUUUCUGCAAGGUCAGUGGAGGUUCAAACUGUGGCUCUCUAGGCCUUUGCGUAACGACCUUUUUAUCAAUCGUUCAUUUUGCAGCAACGAAUUACGCCGCAGCAUCUUGCGAUAAUAUAAAUCAGCAUAUCGGAAACGACUCUUUCAUUCUGCUGAGCUUAUCACUUUGUUCGUUUUGUUACUUUUGUAUUCGUUAUUUCCACAGCGAAUAUGUAGUUAGUACAGACGCUUGCAAAAUAUCCACCAAAUAGAGUAAAAUG